GAAGUUUGCCCCAGUUGACAUACUAUUGCUCACUGUUUUUUUGCAGACAACCAGAAAUUUGCCAUGACCUCGUUCCUGACCAAGAAAAACUGUCAAGCACAGAAUCACAGUUGAUAUAUUGGGAUUCCAAGGUAUCAGAGGCUGAUAUGGAUGCAAUGUGGAAACAUCCUGAUGUGUAUAAGGAGUGGAUAAAAUCUGGUGAGAGACGUGGAAAUGUACGAUUCUCCCAUGAUGCAAAGAACAGGCCUUACCUUUCUCGCGUCGAGGUGAAGGAUAUGAUUGCCUUCUCAUGUUGUGUAUAUGAUGGUGGUGAUGAGGAGAAGGAAAUGGAUGCAGCCAGAGAAAUAGGUUGGAGAAGGAAAUUUACUAAGAGAGGACGUGUAAUAAGACCAGGAAUUAUUAGAAUGAAUGGAAAAUGUCCUCUUACACCUUUGGAGGUUGGGUUAAUGCUUCGUGGAAUGGGUUUCAGCAAUAAGACUGCAAUCUUUUUGGCAUCUGGAAAGAUUUACAAAGCAGAGAAGAACAUGGCUUCUCUUCUUGAAAUGUUUCCUCUCCUACAGACAAAAGAGACACUGGCAUCAGAAGAGGAACUUGCUCCAUUCAAGAAUUUCUCCUCAAGGAUGGCUGUUGUUGACUAUAGUAUUUGUGCCCAAAGUGAAGUUUUUGUGACCACACAAGGUGGAAAUUUCCCGCAUUUUCUUAUGGGUCACAGGAGAUACUUGUAUGGUGGGCAUUCAAAAACAAUUAAACCAGACAAAAGAAGGCUUGCUGUACUCUUCAAUAAUCCACGUAUAGGGUGGACGGCAUUGAAGCAGCACUUGCUUAAUAUGAGAGCACACAGUGAUGUCAAGGGGAUCGAAAUGAAAAGACCAAACGAAUCUAUAUAUACCUUCCCGUGUCCUGACUGCAUGUGCCACUUGAACAGAACAGAACACUCGAAAUCCAAACAGAGUAGAUAGUAUAUUUCGUAUGUAGACCAAAUGGCUAAAACCAUCCAAUAUUUUCAUAGACUGAAAAUGCAGAGAAAGCAACAAAGGUGUAUCAAUACA